AGAGACAGGGAGAGAGAGAGAGACAGGGGCUUCUAUUCCGUUGCUAAACUAUUUGUUGUUUUGUGUCUUGUGGGUUCAGCAACUGUCGUCACUUGAAACAUCAUGUCCCCUCACAUUUGUUCACCUUUCUCUUUCUUCACCACUAUUUCGUGCGACCUUUUCUAAUCUUCCGUUUGGAGCUUCACUUUUGUUUGUAUCUUUCUGCAUUAUGGAACCCCACAUUGUACAAAAGGGUAUGAACAAACAAGCCUGCAAGUGCAGGCUUUUCUGAGAUUGGGUCGUUUUUUGCCAGUUUUUGCUCAUCCAGAGCAUCAUUUUCUCUUUGCUCAUACUUUCCUCAUGAAUUGCCCCUGUUACUUUCAGUUAUUCAAGUCAUUUCAUGCUAAUUUUUUAAUCACUCUUAAGCGUGUGAGAUUUCCUCUUUCAGGUCACACAUUCCACUUGAGUUCACUCGGUUAUUGACAAGUUAAAGCUGUUGAAUUCACUCGACUCUGAGUUUCUGAUCUGAAACCUGAAAUUGGAAAGUCCUAUUUAUGACAGACCUUUUCUGGGUUUCAAGAAUUUGCUGUUCUUGAUCUUGUUUGGAGGAAGAAAAGUUAUGCUGCUGAGAGGGUUUUGGAGAGUGGAAUGAAUCGAGGUAACUGGUUGACAAAGUUUUGCGUUUAUUGGGUGGGGGUAAGAUGAAUCUCAGGCAAACAAGUGGGAAAGAGGGGGGUUCGGAUCUGGUGGAGCGAGUUGUGAUAGUUGCUGUUAAAGCAUCUAAGGAAAUCUCAAAAACUGCCAUGGUUUGGGCUUUAACUCAUGUUGUUCAAACCGGGGACUGUGUUAAGCUGUUGGUGGUCAUUCCUGCCCACAGCUCAAGUAAAAGACUGAGGGGAAUUCCAAGAUUCUCUACUGAUUGCACUGCUGGUCGCUGGAGAUCUUUCUCAGGAAUGAUUUUGGAUGAGAAAGAAGAUAUUACCGAUUCGUGCGCCCAAAUGAUGCUUCACCUCCAUGACGUUUAUGAUCCGGAUAAGAUAAAGAUCAAAAUAAAAGUCGUUUCUGGCUCACAAUGUGGAGUAGUGGCUGCUGAAGGCAAGAGAGCUCAGACACACUGGGUUGUAUUGGAUAAGUAAUAUAGAUAAUAUAAAUCUUGUUUCUUUGUUUAGUGGUCUUUGAUUCCAGAAAAAACUCUGUUUAUAUUUCCAGUAUGCAUAGAAUCUGGCCGAGAAUUUGGUCUCUUAAGACAUCAAUUCUUGUUUUCCAUCAGUUCUUUACUUUAUUUUGGACAGAAAAAUGAAAAAAGAGGCCAAAGUUUGCAUGGAACAGCUGGAAUGCAAUGUUGUGGUAAUGAAGAAGUCUUGUCCAAAGGUGCUUCGUUUGAAUUUGGUUGGAUCAUGUAAGAUGGAAGCGGAGGUGCUGUCUGUGUCAGAAGCAUCUGUAAAACAUCUGGAAAACAACUGCGAUCUGUGGAAUGCUACUCAGGUUCCAAAUGUGACUCCAGCAAGCAGUCCAGAGCACGCAUCAUUCACCGCAACUGAUAUUGGAACAUCCUCAAUGUCAAGCUUAGACCUUGGGGCCUCUCCAGUUUUCAUUUCUGGAAACAUUUGGGAUCUAAAGAAAGAGGGCUUCUUCUAUACCAGAGGUAUCCAUAACCUUGAUAUCUCUGAAUCUGACACAGACAGUGAAAAGUUGAGUUCUCCUUCAACAACUUCGUCUUCUCGGCAAUGGAUAACAAAUAUUCUCAGUUCUGCUGGUGACUUUUCAAAAUAUUCAAUGGAAGGUUCAAAAACCUCCAAUGGUCAAGCUCUAAACUCCACGUCUGAAGCCUUGUGGGGAAAAUCCUUGGGCCUUGAUCCAAAACCAGGAAAUCAAGUGCUAGAUGACAGGGCUAAUUUCAAGUUGAGUAAGAAUGUCAGAGAAAUGAUGUCAUUAACAAAAAAUGCACCUCCUGACCCUCCUUCACUGUGUUCAACAUGUCAGCACAAGGCACCUGUAUUUGGAAAACCUCCUCGGUGGUUCACCUAUGUUGAGCUUGAACAUGCUACGGGUGGAUUCUCUCAAGCUAAUUUUUUGGCCGAAGGUGGAUAUGGUUCUGUAUACCGAGGGGUCUUACCAGAUGGCCAGGUCAUUGCAGUCAAGCAAUAUAAAUUGGCGAGUUCUCAGGGAGAUCUUGAAUUUUGUUCAGAAGUGGAGGUCCUAAGCUGUGCACAACAUCGUAAUGUUGUGAUGUUGAUUGGAUUCUGUGUGGACGACAGGAGAAGGUUGUUAGUUUAUGAGUAUAUUUGCAACGGGUCUUUGGAUUCUCACCUUUAUGGACGUAGUAAAGAUCUGUUAGAAUGGUCAGCACGGCAAAAAAUUGCAGUUGGAGCUGCUCGAGGGUUGAGAUACCUACAUGAAGAAUGUAGAGUGGGCUGUAUUGUCCAUCGUGAUAUGCGGCCAAACAAUAUUCUCCUCACUCAUGAUUUUGAACCACUAGUGGGAGACUUUGGACUAGCAAGAUGGCAGCCAGAUGGAGACCUCGGCGUGGAAACUAGGAUAAUUGGAACAUUUGGAUAUUUGGCUCCUGAAUAUGCUCAAAGUGGCCAAAUCACUGAAAAGGCUGAUGUUUACUCCUUCGGAGUGGUAUUAGUGGAGCUCAUCACCGGACGGAAAGCUGUGGAUAUUGACAGGCCCAAGGGCCAGCAGUGCCUCACUGAAUGGGCACGCCCUUUGCUAGAAGCAAAUGCCAUUGGGCAACUAAUUGAUCCUCAGUUAAGGAACACCUAUCCGGGGCAAGAGGUUUAUUGCAUGAUGCAUUGUGCUUCCUUGUGCAUUCGGCGAGACCCUGAUUCAAGGCCUCGUAUGUCUCAGGUGCUUCGAAUAUUGGAAGGGGCCAUUUUCACGAGCUGAACUUGUAUGUCAACCUCUAGACGUGAUCUGAGAAAAGGGUGGUAAAGAUGUAGCCAAAACGAGAGGAGCAAGAUCUGCAGCAACAAAGGAAUAAGUAGGAAGCUUCUCUUAUGAGACAAGAAGGGCUGCUCACAUGGAGGGAAAAAGUGAAGAGGACAUCCUAUGAAGACCAAUUGCAUAGAGAAGUCAUGAUGUGCAACAUUUUAUUUCCUUUCCAGUUUCAACCCCCCCACCCCCCAAAAAAA